AUGACGCAGGUGGUGGUCGUACUGGUAGUACACGCCUGGGCAAAGCCAACUGCAGAUCCAGCUGCAGACCCAGACCCAGCCAGAAACAGAGGUGUGUCGAGCAGUAGCGGAGGUGGAUGCGGAGGUGGCUGCGGCUCCUCCAGCUCCAGUGGAGGCGGCUUCGCAAGGAUCCGCCUCAACCCAAGGUUCAAGCGAGUGAAAGGGGCGAUGCAGAACAAGAAGGUCGUGAGACGAAUCGUGCCCAUCUACUACACGAAGCCCAUCUUCGUGCCCAUCUCCAAGCCAUUCCCCAUCUAUCGGCCGAUGCCAUUGAACGUCCCAUACCCGGUUCCCAUUGGAGGAGGAUACAAUGGUGGCGGCGGCGGCGGCGGUGAUAGGGACCAUGUCAUCGUCAUCAAUGACGGCUCCGGCGGCGGUGACGACAGUAACGAGAGCAAGUAG